AUGUCGGAGGCUCUCAUCACGGUCAGCGAGGACCAGUUCAGUUGUGUGAUUUGCCUGGAUCUUCUGAAGGACCCGGUGACUAUUCCCUGUGGACACAGUUACUGUAUGGAGUGCAUUAAGGGUUACUGGGAUGGGAGCGAGCAGGGGGGAGUUUAUAGCUGCCCACAAUGCAGACAAACCUUCAGUCCACGACCUGCUCUAAACAAAAAUACCAUGUUUGCGGAAGUGGUGGAGAAACUAAGGGAUACGGGACUCGAAGCUACCGAUCCAAUCCACGACUCCGCUCAGGGUGGAGACAGGGCGGGCGACCUGGAGGCUUUUCAUUCGUGUCAGAGGGAGUUGGGAGAAAUCCAGAAGAAGUGUCAGCAGAGAAUCCAGGAGAGAGAACAGGAACUGGAUGAGCUGACAGAUGCUAUGCUCUCUCUCAAGUGUUCUUCUCUGGAGACGGUGGAGGACUGCGACAGGAUCUUCUCUGAGUUGGCCGAGUCCGUGGAGAAGAGACACUCCGAGCUGGUCGAGAUGAUCAGAGCUAAGGAGCAGGCUGAACUCAAGCAGGGCCAGAGCUUCAUGGAGCAGCUAAAGCAGGAGAUCACAGAGUUGAAGAACAACGUGGCCGAACUGAAAAAGCUUUCAGACAUAAAGGAUCAUGCCCAGUUCCUCCAGAGUUUCAGAUCUCUCGGCGACACGGGAUUCGAGGCCUCACCUGGAAUAAUCGUAAAUCCGGACUUCUCUUUUAACAUGGUGAAGUCGUUUCUGUCUCCACUGAAAGAACAGUUUGAAGAUUUGUGUCAACAGCAGUUUGACUCAAUAUCUAAGAGAGUGAAAAAUCUUCGCUUCAUUCCAACACCUGAACCAAAGACCAGAGAGCAGUUCUUAGAAUAUUCUGGUCCCCUGACUCUGGACGUGAACACAGCACAUCGAGACCUGUGUCUGUCUGAGGGAAACAGAGAGGUGACAUUCAGCGCCAACACAGAGGCAGUCCCGGAUCACCCAGAGAGAUUCGAGGUCUAUUACCAGGUGCUGUGCAGAGAGAGCGUGUGCGGUCGCUGUUACUUUGAGGUGGAGUGGAUGGGAGAAGACGGCGUGAACGUCGGAGUCUCCUACGACGGGAUCGGCAGGAAAGGGGGGGGUGAGGAGUGUGUGCUUGGACAUAACGAUCAGUCCUGGUGUUUGACGUGUUCUCCCACCACGAACAGCUUUUUGCACAACUCAAAACAGACGGAAAUUCCCGCAAUCUCCAAAGGCUCCAGAGUCGGCGUGUAUUUGGAUCACAAAGCAGGAAUUUUGUGUUUCUACAGUGUGUUGGACACAAUGACUUUCCUCCACCGAAUCCAAACCACCUUCACGGAACCGCUGUAUCCAGGGUUCAGACUGGGUUUGGGAUCGACCAUGAGGAUCUGCUACCCACUUUAA